AUGGGUGGACAGCCAUCUUGGAUUCACACUCAAUACUGUCGGGACCUUUAUGCCCGCAGCCUUCAAGCGGGAGGCGAUCUCGAGGAUGCUGGCGGCGUCUUUCCUGAUGUUGCCAUUUGGGACGACAAUGGCAACAGACUAGGACGAUACCGCACCAAGCUGGGCGACAAGAUAGCCCAGAGCAGCGAGCGCACCGUCAAGAUACCGAAUAAUGAGAACAAAGGGCAGAUAUCUGAUCCCCAAUAUGUCAUGUUGAGUCACGAUACCGACGCAACAUGCAUCGCAAUGGGCGAUACUGGAUACAAAUGCGGCCAAGCAUGCCAGCGGAAAUUUAAGGGUGAUAACCUCAUGAACCAGUGUGUCUGGUUGGACUCAGAUCACUCCCAUCCCAAUUUCAACGCCAGAGCUAUGAGUUUUCACCUCAGAGACAUGCUGCCUUCGCCCGACAAGUUGAAAUUUUACAAUAGCGAGUUGUCCUACAUGCAUCUCGUACCAGACGGCAUUGUACCAUUCUUCUACCCAGUUUUGAAGUACAACAAGGACUCCAUCAAUCCGAAACUUGAGGGCACAAAUGAAAGUCCUAUCGCAGCCCUGGAUCGCUUCAAGUACAACAAGGACGUAUACACGCAGCAGGGUGAAUCGGAAAAGGACAAGAGACAAGGCUCGAACAUGGAUCCUGACCACUUGGUCUUGACCGAGAUACCGGGUCAGACGGCCCGGGAGAUCUGCGAACACCCCAACUCAGUUGGAUAUGACAUCGUCUCGUUUGUCGACAGGAAAUACUGCGAUCUCACAAAGAGGAAACUUUACGAUCUUUGUGCCGGUAGCAUCACGAUCAAUUGUUUCGAUGUCAACAAUACGACUGUCAUUGGAGCUCAAGUUCUCACAGGGAGGAGUAGAAGCUCCACCAAGGGUCAAAUCGCAAAGCUUUACAAAACAAGGGCUCACUGUAAAUGA